AUGUCAUCAACACCAGAAAUAACAUCCAUCGUGAUAGAGAAUGGUACACACACAACAAGAGCAGGAUUUUCAACAGAAACUUUACCAUCUCUAGAAUUCCCAACCGUGUAUUCUACUGAAUCAACAUCAGAUCCUGAAAACCCAAAAUAUUUAUUCGAUGAUGAUAUCAAACCAGAAAACGAAGUUUUCACCAUUGUCAAUGAAGGUGUGGUAUACAACUGGAAAGCGUUAGAACAAAGUUGGGCUUAUAUUUUUGCAAAAUUGAAAGUUGAUCCAAAAGAGUUCCCAUUAGUUAUUACUGAAGAAUUAUGGAAUAAUAAAAAAAACAGAGUGAAACUUGCUGAAUUAGCUUUCGUUAAAUUUGGAGUUCCAGUAUUCACAAUUUUGAAAUCACCAAUUGCAAUCACAUAUGGUCUUGGAAGAUCAACCUCAUUAGUUGUUGAUAUUGGAAGUUCAAGGGCUAGUGUUACGCCAAUUCUUGAUGGUACUAUUCUAUACAAAGGUGCUGCACACUCUAAAUUUGCUGGUGAUUUCUUAAAUGUUCACACUUUGAAAUUUUUGGAAAAUUCUACAAAUUUUGAUUAUGUUAAAGGUUCAGAAUCAUAUAAAGUAUUCCAAACAAACAAAUUAUUAACAGAUUUUAAAUCCACUAUCAACUCAGUUUCAACUUACCCAAUUGUUAAUUCAAAUGCUGAUUUCCAAAUAAGUCCAAAGAAUUAUCAAUUACCAGAUAGUAAAACCAUUGAAGUUCGUAAAGAACAAGUCUUAUUAUCAGAACCUUUAUUCCAUCCAUUAUCAUACCCAAUUCCAGGAAUUGAACUACCAAAGGAUUCAGUGGGGCUAACAGACUUGAUUUUGAGUGCAUUGAAGAAAUUAGACGUUACACAAGAUAUUUAUGCAAGUUUAUUAAACAAUAUAAUAUUAACUGGUGGUACUUCAUUAUUACCAGGUCUAGAAACAAGAUUGAUUAGUGAUUUAUCCAGAUUUUUAACUACAUUUGGUGUACAAAGUUUUUCAAAUCCUACAUUGUCUGAAAGAUCCAAUGCAACUUGGAUAGGUGCUAGUGUUUUAGCAAGUAUGAAUAGUUUUGAAAAUCAUUACAUCUCUAAGGAAGAUUUUGAAGAACAAGGUGAAGCUAUUGUUGAUGAAAAACUUAAAUAG